AUGCAUUUAAUGUACACUUUGGGUCCCGACGGUAAGAGAGUUUACACUCUUAAAAAGACUACCGAGGAAGGUGAAAUCACCAAGUCUGCUCACCCAGCUAGAUUCUCUCCAGAUGACAAGUACUCUAGACAACGUGUAACUUUGAAGAAACGUUACAACCUUCUGCCAACUGAAUGA